AUGGAGACUACUAAGGCGGCCCCUCAGCCUAUGAUUGCUCGCGUAAGUUAGACUUGCGUUCAGUCUAGUGUUCCUCACUUAAAGACGUGCGGCUCAUUUAUUUUGUAUCGUUCGUGUUAUCGGAUCGCCUCGAUCUAAUUUACUUCGGAAGACUCAAUUAUAUACAAUGUAAUCAUACUGCACCGAGAUUGCUUUGAUUUGAGCGGGUCUGCAAAAAGCCGAAAUAGAAGACGAAAAUGUCUGUUAGACGAGACGAUCUAGAUUGAAAGGACUGCCAUGAGUAGACCUUAAAUUCGGUUGCCAACGUUCGCGGCUUGUGGGGUAAAGCAGCGCUGAGGCAGCGUUCGUCUUCGUCUUUUACUAGUUAGAUAUUCUAUGCGAUUUCCUUUCUAUUUUCCAUAAAUCGUGACGCACUCUUAUGUGCCUGGUGCCUUCUGUAGAAGGAUGCCACCUAACCUUUGCAGUUACAGGAACUGGUGCCCGUGCUUUGUACUAAGUACCACCUUGUAUACUUACUAGGAGCGCCUAGUACGCAUCGCGGUAAGCCUUUUCAUCCUAGUGGUAAGCAUCUUUUUCAGACAAGUUUACGUCACUUAGAGGUGUAAGAUCGGAGAAUUAGCAAAAUUUGCGAACUCUGCCCUUGCUUUACUUAUCACCCAAUCCCUACACAGACUUGACUAGUUAUCAACCUUUCUCUUCUGGCAGGUUACCCGCCUUCUUGGCCGCACUGGUUCUCAGGGACAGUGUACGCAGGUUCGUGUGGAGAUCAUGGAAUCCAAGCGAAGCAUCAUCAGAAACGUAAAAGGCCCGGUCCGCGAAGGGGAUCUGCUCGUCCUCCUAGAGACUGAAAGAGAGGCCAGACGACUAAGAUAA